UACGAUAGAAGUAGAACAACUAACAUGGUGAACCAAGAGGCAGAAAGAACUAAAGCAAAAUACCUUUUUUAUCUCUUGAUGAUCAGAAUCCAUAAAGAAACUAAAGCCUGUUGUUGUUACAGUGGUUGGAUGAUGAACACCUGCUCCUCUUCUGCUACCUUCUUCUCUAAUUCCUCUCACCAUUUCACUUUAUCCUUGCAUACUCCACCUCAUUUCACGUGAAUACAGACCAUGCUUUCUUUCAUUAGGGUUCUUUCUCAAUACUUAUUGCUCUUUUGAUUUAAUUCCACCGACAGCUUCCCUGAUCCACCAAUUUCCUACCGGAUCCGACUAAUUAUUCCGUUUCUAACCUGAGGUUCUCUACAAUUUGGUGUUUAAUCGGUUUGGUUCGACAAGUGUUCGUCGACAUAACUUUUGACUUCGGUACGGGUAAGUUAACGAUAUUUUUACUUGCAAUUCUGUGUUGGAAGAGGAUUUUUGAGUUGGAAUUGCUUGGACCUAGCUCAAUUGGGGGUUCGUUUUCUUCGUAACGUUAUUGGGAUACUUUAAUUUGAAAAUUAGGGUUUAUGAAGUCAAUGAUAUGUAUAGAGUUGGUGGGAUGAGGAUAACCACUAUACGAGCUAAAUUGUAUUUAUGGGAGCUCGCAUAAUGUUAAACAAUGCGCACAUUUUGUUCUCGUGGAUGGAAUUAUGUUAAGCUUUCUGCUUAGUUAUCACAUCCUUGAAUUUAUCGGGGGAGUUUCUAGGGUUUUCGUCAGCAUCCAUUGUCCGGUUUGAAGAUAUUUUGCUGGAAUUGGAGUUAUAUGGGAAGAUAUUUGUGGUAGCCGUGGACGAAGAAUGCCUCCUUCACCUGCAAUGAGAUGUUCUCCUGGUAGAGAACCAAGAGCUGAUAAUCACAAGAGAGGACGCAGUCUUGAAAGUGGAGUACCUUUGAAACAGAGAGACGAUGAUCUUGCUUUGUUUAAUGAGGUGCAAAACAGAGAAAGAGAUAACUUCUUGCUUCAGGGAGACGAUGAUUUUGAAGACAUUUUCGCGAAUAAGUUGCGCCACUUUUCAGAUUACAAACUUGGGAUCAACAUUCCUGCUAGAGGAGAAAGCAGUGACCUCCUCCAUGCAGAAGAUGAGAAGAAUGAUUAUGAAUGGUUAAUAACUCCUCCUGAGACACCUCUGUUUCCCUCAUUGGACGAUGAAGCACCACAAUUUAAUCUUGCACAAAGGGGUAGAACUCGAACUCAACCAAUAUCAAUCUCCAGAUCACCAACAAUGGAGAAAGGGCGUAGAAGUAGUAGAGGAAGUGCAAGUCCAAAUCGCGUGAGCCUCUCUCCUCGAUCUCAUAACAGCACAUUUGAAGGCAGACAUCGAGCAUCUUCAGCAGCCAGUGCUAGUCCACCUGCUACUUUAAGGCAUAAUAAUAAUACCCCUCCAGCUUAUAGCCAUAGAUCACCUCCACCAUCUCGCAAGCCCUCAUCACCGGUCCCACGGGCUUCCACACCCCCUCCUCCACGAAGAUUAAGCACAGGUUCUACUAAUGGCACCACAACUACUACAAAGGGUAUAAGAGGAAAUUCAGCUUCACCAAAAGUAAAGGCGUGGCAAUCCAGCAUUCCUGGUUUUUCCACUGAGGUCCCACCCAAUCUAAGAACCUCAUUGGCUGAUCGACCGGCUUCGUAUGUACGUGGGUCCUCACCGGCUUCUAGAAGUAGCAGACAAUCAAUGUCGCCUACUGCUUCUAGAAGCAUUGGGUCCUCCCAUAGUCAUGAAAGAGAUAGGUUUAGCUCACAUAGUAAAGGCUCGGUUGGGUCUUCUGCUGAGGAUGACAUGGAAUCGCUUUCGUCUGUUCUUGUAGUUGUUGGACGCCCAAAUUCUAGAAGAGUUGGUGUCGGUGGGUUUCAGAAUAAUAAAGCUUCACCUUCCAAAAAGCCGAUUAGAACAAUUUCUUCUAGUUCAGCUCCCAAGAGAUCCUUCGACCUUGCACUAAGACAAAUGGAUCAUAGAAAAGGACAAAAUAUGUUCAGACCCCUUCUCUCGAGUGUCCCGAGUUCAACUUUUCAUGCUGGAAUUGCAACUUCCCCUUAUCAUCCUGUGAUAUCUAGGAACUCCUCUGUCACAACUAGUAGUAAUGCAAGUUCUGGGGUGGCAAUAAGUGGUGCACAUGAUCCCGAUCACGAGGCUAGCCAGGAUGAUGCAACUAGCGGAUAUGUCAAGGUGCAAGAUGAUGAUCAUGAUGUUGAUGUUGAUGUUGAUGCUGAUGAUGAAGUGUUUAUGAUCGAGAAAGAUGAUGGAAAUGAUUCAGUUUUGGACAAUUCAAGAAAUAUCAUAGAUCUUGAUCCUGCAACUUUAACAACAAUUGAUGAUGUCUCAGAUAUCAGUACACAAAAGGAGAUGUUAAUUUGUUCAAAAUGUGGUUGUGGGUACUCUCCUAUUGGACAAGUAGAAAAGGACACAAAUCUUUGUGAAAAUUGCAUGGAAUCGAAUUCAUCUUUGACCAUCAUUGACCCAGUAGUGGUUUCAGGGCCUGAACCCGAGUCGACUGCUAUUGAGCCUCAAAUGGCUGUGGUGGAAUCUCUACAAGCUAUGGCUAAUGAUUUAGUCAAAGAUGGUCAAAGUGAGGGGAAUGUUGAGUUUUCGAAUUCAAAGGUUGAAUCUUUAGAAGGUGCGGGUAUUUCGAUACUGUUGAAAAGGUCAAGUAGUAUAAAGGGUGGUGCGGUUGUCCGGAACACAAACUUUUCAGCAAGUAGCAUUUCGUAUGAUGAUUUUUCUUAUGUUAGAGACACUACAAAUAGCAUGAGAAGUGUAUCUGCCACAUCUUCUGUUGACUUUGGUCAAGGUCAAAGUAGACAAUCGGAUACCCGUUUUCAACGUCAAUCAAGCAUCACCAAAUCUGAAAUCGAACACUCAAAGCACCAGAGAAGUGGAUCAUCAUUGUCUGGAACUUCUAGCCAUGUUUUCCAUCCUUCAAGCCUUGGAACAAGCACACUUGAUUCAUCUGGGAAAGAUGUUCAAGAAAACAAUGAAGAGGAAAAUGACAAUGUUGAUUCUGGGGAAUCUUUAUUGACUAAUAUCUUGAAAGAUGAAGAAGAGAGUGUUGGAUUUCAGAACGCUGAAGAUUUGGGAGAUGAUGAUACAGCUCUUGAUGCUUGUAAUGAUGACGCUGAUGCUGCAGAAGUUCCAUUGGAUGUGAUUUUAGAAGGAGAAUCGGCUUCUCCUUCAAAAUGUGAUGUUUCACAAAAUUCAAUGAGCAGCAUUGAAGAAUUGCCGGAAGAUGUAACGCUUUCUGCUGAGGACUUUGGGACAACUUCUAAUCACACAAGCAACGUUAUUGUGAUGGCAGGGGAAUCCAUAGUAUUGAUUGAAGAGGAAGGAGGACCCAAAGGAAGAAGCUUGACACUAGAAGAAGCAACAGACACGAUACUCUUUUGCAGCUCAAUAGUCCAUAACCUGGCCCACAAUGCUGCAACCAUAGCCAUAGACAAGCAAGACCCAUCUUGGCCACUCAUUCCAGCCACACGCAAAUCCCAUCUCAAUGAACCCGACUCUCAUACCCGCAACACAACCAAACGCUCAUCAAAAUCUCAAAAAUCCAGACACAAAAAGGACACAGAAACCGACCCCACAAAAUCCCCCAACACCACUGAAAAAAACCAAGGUAAAAUCGAUCAGCACAAAACCCGUAUUGUUGGGGUUCGGGACAAUGGGGAGAGUAAAAAACCUCCGUUGCUGGAAUCUAAAUGCAACUGCACAAUAAUGUGAAAUAAUAGCUAUCACUAUUGCAGUGAAAGCUGUACAUUCCCAUGCACUUGUCCUGUUCUUGGGGUUUUAUUUUAUUUUUUGGGUUCCACUUCAUUUGUUGCAACUGUAACUUGUAAGCAAUAUUUGUAAAGGGUGGGUUUAAAGUUUAAUUUGGUAGGUUGACGAUAGUAUUCUAUUCUUGUAUCCGGGUAUUAGUGUUAUCCGUAUACAUAUAAAACAAACAACAAGCCCUGUCAUUCUUUUUUUUUUUUUUUUUUCUACG